GAGUAUAUAAGAACAAAAGGAGUUGGGUUUCCAUUUGCGCCAAAAAAAUUUAAAACUCAUCGGAGUUUAGCCCCUUUUCUUCUUCGUUUUUUCGGACUCGCGAGGGAUCAUGAGGCCGAUCUAUUGCACCAACUUCGGGUACCAGACUCGAGAGUCGGACUUGAAGAGUUUGUUCUCCCAAUAUGGAAAUGAUGUGCGAAUUGAAAUGCGAACAGGACCUAUGCUAAGGAAAAUGAUCUUCUAUAUUGGGUUGCCAUCUACUCUGCAAUAAGUGCAAGAAGGGCUACCUAUCUACUUGCCGGAUCUCUCUUCACAUGUCUCCAUUUACUGAACGUCUCUGUGAAAUUGGCUAUGCUUUUGUUUAUUUCGAGGAUGAAAGUGAUGCGCAAAAUGCCAUCCAUGGUCUUAAUGGUCGCAAACUAUCUGAGCCUGGGUUUCACAUAUGCAAAUUAGUAGUUAAAUGGGCCAAGAAUGACCGUGGUUCGCCUUCGGAUCCAAUACCGAACAUAACCCUUUUUGUGGCAAACUUUGACCCUAUUCUUACCAAAAAUCAUGACAUAAUAAGACACUUUGAGCCUUAUGGGAAGGUUCUUGGUGUACGUCAACUUAGGGAUUAUGCUUUUGUGGACUUUGAAACUCAGGAAAUUGCCACAAAAGCUCUGGAGUGCACCCAUCAGAGUACGCUUUUUGAUAGACUUAUUCGUGUUGAGUAUGCUUCUCCAAGGCCGGGUGAUGAUGAAAAGGGUAGGUGUGAUGAUCCUUCAAAUCCAACGGCCAUGAGUCCUGACCCUGUGCGAGCAAGUCCUGUUUAUGAUAGGUGCGAUGGUCCUUCAAAUCCAAGGGCCAUGACUCCUGACCCUGCGCAAGCAAGUCCUGUUGAUGAUAGGUGCGAUGGUCCUUCAAAUCCAAGGACCAUGACUCCUGACCCUGUACAAGCAAGUCCUGUUGAUGAUAGGUGUGAUGGUCCUUCUAAUCCAACGGCCAUGAGUCCUGAACCUGGCGAGCAAGUCCUGUUGAUGAUUGGUACGAUGGCCCUUCAAAUCCAACGGCCAUGAGUCCUGACCCUGCGCGAGCAAGUCCUGUGCGCAAUAUAGAAGUAGGUCAUCCGUGCCAAGGCCGCGACAGUGAUGAGGAAAUAGUGAGCAGCAGUCGAAUGGAAGAUUAUGAUUGAAACUCCUUUUUCUUGCUAUGUUAUUGCAAUUUUAACUAUCUUUGCAUACAAAUCUUGCUAGCAAUGUGCAAAAUAAUACUUUCUUCGUCCUUUGCUCAUUUUGUCAUUUUGGGUCGUUCCUACUUAUUAGACUUCUUUCAUAUUGACUGGUAUUCAUGG